CCUUUUGUUGUGUACCAGAGUGGAGCCAAGAGACUCGUCUUGUCUCACUUGUUAGAAUAAAUAUUUUAUGACACAGACAACAGUUGAUUCACUGACUAAUAUUGUCUAGUAUUCUCUCACCAGUGCACUAAAAAACAUUGAAAAAUGCUCGCACUUUUGCACUAAGAACGCACCUACAUGAGUGAUAGCUGUUGGGAAAAAUUACUCAGCACCAUGGGAUGCUGCUGUAGUUUGUUUAAUAAAGACAGCGGGCCACAGGGAGGAGAAGCCAAUGAAAGAACUCAUUUGUUAGUUGAUCCUGUCAGUAACAGCACUAAUAUUCCACAUGUACACAGCGAUGAUUACGUUAAUCAAUAUGCAAGUUCUAUUCCAAAGAAAACAGAUGAACAAAGUGCUUUAAAUAGAAUAUUACAUGAAACAGCAGCAAAUGUAAUUGAUGUUGGAGCACUAGAUUCACAUAAUUUGGAACAACAUGAAUAUAUGGAUAGAUCACGAGUAUACUCCAAAAGAAUAGAAACUGGUGGAGUUAAAAUACCCCAAACCACUUGCUGUUUACUCAAUGAUAUUCCAGCGCCAGAAAGAAUAUUAUCAUCUGAACCGAUUACUGCUGAAGAUGAAGAGCUGAUAAAAACCAUGGUUCGGAGCGCUAGAGCAGCAUUGAAUGAUGUUAAAGUGGAGCAUAAAGAAGAUCUGGUGGUGCCAUUUCUCUCGUGAUCAACUUGGCACUUUUUAACCAGUCAUGAGACUUAUUUUCUCUAAAAAAUCCUCUAUUGAAAUUUAUAUAAUUUAUUUUUUAAUUCUAUCUUAUGUUAAUAUAAUUGCAAUCGCAAAAUCUUUAAUAUUGACAAUUUGUUUACACGACAAAAAUUGUAUUUUUUUCGAAGUUAUUGUUGAUAAUUUAUCCUUUUAAUUAAUUGAUAUUAAAAGACCACUUUUGGAUAAGAUAAUUAAUGAUAUACGAAGCUUUUUACACUAAAAUCGACACGUGAAUUCAAAAAAUUAAAAACCGGUUUAUUUUGAUAAAUUUUGAUGAUUACAGUCAAUUUUAUUUAUAAAUUAAUACCAUUUUUACAGGCACUAAAAAUUAUAUACGUGAUAUUUACAAAAUAUAUUAAUAGAUUGAUAUUGAAAUGUAUGUUGUAAAGAUAAUGUAUAAUAAUAAAUUAUAUAAUACAGUUGUAAUAUAAAUAACACUAAUAAAUGUAUCUUAUUACUCA